AUGGAAGGUUUCCCAAGUCGUAUUAACUGCUGUGGGAGCGUCCUGACCAGUCGUAUUAACUGCUGUGGCAUCCUGACCAGUCGUAUUAACUGCUGUGGCGUCCUGACCAGUCGUAUUGACUGCUGUGGCGUCCUGACCAGUCGUAUUAACUGCUGUGGCGUCCUGACCAGUCAUAUUAACUGCUGUGGCAUCCUGACCAGUCAUAUUAACUGCUGUGGCGUCCUGACCAGUCGUAUUGACUGCUGUGGCGUCCUGACCAGUCGUAUUGACUGCUGUGGCGUCCUGACCAGUCGUAUUAACUGCUGUGGCGUCCUGACCAGUCGUAUUAACUGCUGUGGCGUCCUGACCAGUCGUAUUGACUGCUGUGGCGUCCUGACCAGUCGUAUUGACUGCUGUGGCGUCCUGACCAGUCGUAUUGACUGCUGUGGCGUCCUGACCUGUCGUAUUAACUGCUGUGGCGUCCUGACCAGUCGUAUUGACUGCUGUGCUGUGGCUCGUAUUAACUGCUGUGGCGUCCUGACCAGUCAUAUUGACUGCUGUGGCGUCCUGACCAGUCGUAUUAACUGCUGUGGCGUCCUGACCAGUCGUAUUGACUGCUGUGGCGUCCUGACCAGUCGUAUUGACUGCUGUGGCGUCCUGACCAGUCAUAUUGACUGCUGUGGCGUCCUGACCAGUCAUAUUGACUGCUGUGGCGUCCUGACCAGUCGUAUUAACUGCUGUGGCGUCCUGACCAGUCGUAUUAACUGCUGUGGCGUCCUGACCAGUCGUAUUGACUGCUGUGGCGUCCUGACCAGUCAUAUUGACUGCUGUGGCGUCCUGACCAGUCGUAUUGACUGCUGUGGCGUCCUGACCAGUCAUAUUGACUGCUGUGGCGUCCUGACCAGUCGUAUUAACUGCUGUGGCGUCCUGACCAGUCGUAUUAACUGCUGUGGCGUCCUGACCAGUCGUAUUGACUGCUGUGGCGUCCUGACCAGUCGUAUUAACUGCUGUGGCGUCCUGACCAGUCGUAUUGACUGCUGUGGCGUCCUGACCAGUCGUAUUGACUGCUGUGGCGUCCUGACCAGUCGUAUUGACUGCUGUGGCGUCCUGACCAGUCGUAUUAACUGCUGUGGCGUCCUGACCAGUCAUAUUGACUGCUGUGGCGUCCUGACCUGUCAUAUUGACUGCUGUGGCGUCCUGACCAGUCGUAUUGACUGCUGUGGCGUCCUGACCAGUCGUAUUAACUGCUGUGGCGUCCUGACCAGUCGUAUUGACUGCUGUGGCGUCCUGACCAGUCGUAUUAACUGCUGUGGCGUCCUGACCAGUCGUAUUGACUGCUGUGGCGUCCUGACCAGUCGUAUUGACUGCUGUGGCGUCCUGACCAGUCAUAUUGACUGCUGUGGCGUCCUGACCAGUCGUAUUAACUGCUGUGGCGUCCUGACCAGUCGUAUUAACUGCUGUGGCGUCCUGACCAGUCGUAUUGACUGCUGUGGGCGUCCUGACCUUCGUAUUGACUGCUGUGGCGUCCUGACCAGUCGUAUUGACUGCUGUGGCGUCCUGACCAGUCGUAUUGACUGCUGUGGCGUCCUGACCAAUCGUAUUAACUGCUGUGGCGUCCUGACCAGUCGUAUUGACUGCUGUGGCGUCCUGACCAGUCGUAUUGACUGCUGUGGCGUCCUGACCAGUCGUAUUGACUGCUGUGGCGUCCUGACCAGUCGUAUUGACUGCUGUGGCGUCCUGACCAGUCGUAUUGACUGCUGUGGCGUCCUGACCAGUCGUAUUGACUGCUGUGGCGUCCUGACCAGUCGUAUUAACUGCUGUGGCGUCCUGACCUGUCGUAUUAACUGCUGUGGCGUCCUGACCAGUCGUAUUAACUGCUGUGGCGUCCUGACCAGUCGUAUUGACUGCUGUGGGCGUCCUGACCUGUAUGGAGUUCUCCUGCAGGUUGAGGUAUCUGGUGUUGACCGAGAUGCUCUGUGGGACCUGGUCCAGAGUCUGCCGGGUGCAGAUGACCCGACUGGCCUGGUUUGA